CAUCAUUCCCAAUUGGUCCUUCCUCCGGUCACGUGCUCUGGGCAUCUUUAAAAGGGCGUCCCCGGGACUCGGCCGGACACAGCACAGUCCCAAGGGCAGCAGCUUCUUCCCACUUGGCAGAGGAGUCCGGACAGCUCUCAAGAUGUGUGACGCCUUCGUAGGUACCUGGAAGAUGGUCUCCAGUGAGAACUUCGAGGAAUACUUGAAAGAACUGGGAGUGCCCGUCACCAUCCGGCCGCUGGCCGCCUCGGAGAAGCCCAGGAUCCGCAUCAGCGCUCCCGGGGACAAGGUGAGCAUCAGGACAGAGACCUCCUUCAAGAACUUCGAGAUCUCCUUCAGGCUGGGGGAGGAGUUUGACGAAGCCACAGCCGACGGCCGGCAUGUGAAGAGUGUCGUAAACUUAGACGGCAACUCACUGGUCCAUGUCCAAAGGUGGCUUGGCAAGGAGACAACAAUCAGAAGACAAGUCGUAGACAAGAAAAUGGUGGCGAAACACACCAUGAAUAAUGUUGUCAGCAGGCGAGUCUUCAAAAGGGUGUGAAGAAAGCCGCCAGGUCUGCGAAUGUCUACUCACUAAGAAAACACGGGGGUUGAAGAGGAUCUGCCUCGGGGCCAGUGAUUUUAAAAAUUGCCGAGUGUAAACGCUCAAUAAAAGCAUCGGGCAUAGGUGCCGUUUCA